AUGAUUAUCAGAGUCGAUAAAUGUAGUACCUUUGGCAUCAAGAAAGCCAUCACAAAAUCAGUCCAAUAUUUGCCGAAACUCCUCGUCAACAAUAAUCUGAUACCAACAAUAAAGAUUAGAGAAGCAUUUCAAUAUUUCGGACGUUACUUUGAUUUUAACAUGUCGAAUAAUGACCAUAAGACUGAACUAACCACUCUCGUUAAUGAACUAAUGACUGAUAUUGACUCGAAGCCACUCCCCCCAAGAAAUAAGCUUCUCGUGUACAGUCGUUAUGUCUUAUCCAAAUUAUCCUGGAAUUUCACCAUCCCAACGCUUUCUAAAACAUGGGUUAUUGAAAAUAUUGAUCACGUAGUCAACCAAUACAUCCGUAUAUGGCUUGAAAUUCCAAUCUCAGGAACACUAAGUACUGUUUUCCUAACUUGUAACAAAUUUGGUCAAAGUAUUUAUCCUCCAUCGGUGAAAUUUAUCCAAUGCCAAACAGUUCUUCGAAAAGCUUUAAAACUUUCUCCUAAUCAAUCAAUUAACGAACUGUGGAAUUCUACUAAUACUCAUACUAAUAUCCAAUACGACUUUUAUAACUCAACCAAAGAAGUGCUUAAAGAUUUUCGCUCUGAACAUGAAGAUAAACUCAAAAACCAAUUAACUUGUCAGGGAUCCUUUUUCUCUAAUGUAACAAAGUUCUCCUUGUCGCAUCUUAACAAA